UUGAAUUCAUAAAAGUGGAAUGACUUGAUUGACAUUUGCGUUCAGAUUGAAAUCGGUAUCGUAGAGAAUUAAAUUAGCUAUCAAUCCGGAAUGGAGGACCAGGCGAGUUUGGAUGAAGCUAAUAUAAGUUACACGUCGGACGAAUAUACCGAGGUCGAAUGUCUCAACAGUGAGGAAGGUCUCAACAGUGAGGAAGGUUGUGAUAUCGAUGAACGGAAGGACAAGGUGCUGAGAUAUUUUAUCGAAACAUACCGAAGAUCUGGAGAGUUGUGGGAUUCAACUCAUCCGGAUUUCCAGAACAAACGGAAAAGAUUGAGCGCACUGGACGAGCUUGUUGUAAUUUAUAGAGAUAUUAAACCGGGAGCCAACCGAAAAGCUACGCGUACAAAGAUCAAUACACUUAGAUCGAACUACUGGAAAACAUGGAACCGAGUGGAACGUUCGAAAUCGGAAGCUGAAAUAUAUCAACCGAAGUCAUGGGUGUAUCACGCGAUGAAAUUCCUCGGUGAUGAACCGGAUUGUAUGGAAAAACACAUACAGAGGAUAGUAAAGAAUACUAACCGCUGCGCUGAAUUUAGCAAACGGAGAAAGCUAGACCCAGGAAAAUCUCGAAUACCAUUGCAGACGGAAAUUUCUUAUUUGCCUGCUGGUCAAAUCGUGUAUCAACAAGUACAACAGAUCAACAGCAGUGUACCGGCUGUUGUAGCAUUUUGGAGUGAAAAAUAUACCCUGUUGGAUUCAAAGCAAAAGUUAUUUGCCGAAAAGGCAAUAAAUGACAUACUUUUCGAAGCAAGUCUUGGCAACUUGCAACGGGACUCCGUGAGAAUUAAUGAAGAUCUCCAGGACGGCGAUAACGAUCCCCUGAAACAAACUCCUGCGCGGACGGCGGUAGAACUUUGCAGGAUAACGAAGGAUAGCACUACUAGGUUUUAGUAGAGGCACACUUUGUUCUGCAUUAUUACAAAAUACCAACACUGUACCUAUGCCACCAGAUUUUUUUUUCUGUGUCGGGAAUUGGAUUUUAUGUAUGAAAGAAAACCCGAAAAUUAAAUACUUAUUUGACUUCAAUUGAACAUAUUCUUGCAACGU